AUGGAGGAGGUGGCUGCAAGGAAAAAGAACAUGCCCCAGGAAGCCCAGGCAGACAAGAAGCUGAGGAUGGAGACCCGGGAGGGCAAAUCCCCACAGCAGAACCUCGUUGAAGAGGCCAUUUUGAAUGACUCCCAACCCACCCUGAGCCAGGAAGGUGGACAGAGCUUCAGCCAGAGCUCAGAGCUGGUGGCUCAUGGGCAGCUUCAUGAUGGGGAGAAACCCUACAAGUGCUUGGAGUGUGGGAAGAGCUUCAGGCUGAGCAGCACCCUGAUCCAGCACCAGAUGAUCCACACUGGGGAAUGGCCCUACAAGUGUGGGGAGUGUAGGAAGGGCUUCAGCUACAGGUCAGAACUCAUCAGGCACCAACACGUUCACACUGGGGAGAGGCCCUAUGAGUGUCCCCAGUGUGAACAGAGCUUCAGCCAGAGCUCAGAGCUGGUGGUCCAUGAGCAGCUUCAUGAUGGGGAGAAGCCCCACAAGUGCUUGGAGUGUGGGAAGAGCUUCAGACAGAGCAGCACCCUGAUCAGCCACCAGAUGAUCCACACUGGGGAAUGGCCCUAUGAGCGUGGGGAAUGUGGGAAGGGCUUCAGCUACAGAUCCAACCUUGUAAUCCAUCAAUGCAUCCACACUGGGGAGAGGCCCUACGUGUGUCCCCAGUGUCAGAAGAGGUUUCAGAGCAGCUGCAGUCUCCUCUCGCAUAAGCGGAUUCACACCAAUGAGAGGCCCUUCUGCUGCCCCAACUGUGGAAAGGGCUUCAAGCACAACUUCACCCUCAUCACCCACCGGCGCAUCCACACUGGGGAGAGGCCCUACGACUGUCCCCAGUGUGGGAAGAGCUUCACCCAGAUCUCUAUCUAA